GAAGGUGGACCAGCAAUGGCUCUGCUGAAGGUUCUGCUGCUGCUGGGGCUGGGUGUUUCCGUGAACUCAGCUGUUUCUCUGCAGAAGAGAAUCAUUGGAGGUCAUGACUGUGAUGACACGGAGCGUCUUUAUCAUGUUCGGCUGGUGAUGAUCAACGGGCCGUCAACGAUCAUGUGUGGAGGAUCUUUGAUCCACCCUCAGUGGAUUCUGACUGCAGCUGACUGCUAUGACCCAGAGACAGGGUUUAAUAUAGCAAUGUUCAAUGUUCAUCCACGGACUACUGAAGAGCAUACUCAAAUAAUCCGACAAGCUCCUGUGUUGUAUACUGGCGAUAGCCGGAAGCAUAACAUCAUAUUGCUGAAGCUUCAGAGACCAGUAAAUGAUGUCCCACUUGCUCCACUACCAGACUGCAGUAAUCGCCCUAAAAUUGGUGACACUGUUCAGCUGGCAGGAGAGGGAGCAACGACAACCGGCCCCAAUAAUCGGCGAUUACGCACUGUUCAUAUUCCAAAACAUCUUCAGUGUGUCGACAUGAGAGUUGUUCAGAUUUCCCAAUCCCGGUCAUUUGGAUAUAUGUUCCGGGUUGAAGAACCGAACAAGGACGCAUGUUAUGGUGAAUCCGGUGGAGCAGUGAUGUUCAACGGCAAGAUUUAUGGUGUGAUUUCUAUUGAUGUCUCACACUUUGCAUGCAAGAAACCAGUUUCCAUCAUGGAUGUGUGUGAAUACAUUGGAUGGAUAAAAACAACAAUUGGCCAUAAAUAAAACAAACUAUCAUGAAAUAAAAUUCUCAUCAAAUUUCC